AUGUCUGAACCACACAUUAGUUAUGUUCCAAAUCAGAGUGGAAGAUUCAUUCGAUAUCCAUAUGCUCAACGAACAUCAUCGAAUCGAUUUGUUGAACUCGGACGUUUUUUUUAUAAUUUAAUACGUGCAAUCUUGCAAUUAUUUCAUCUAGUACAUUAUUCAAUAGCAACAUUUAAUAAUAUGUUAUCAUCAUUACCUUUUUGUAUACGUUAUAUGAUUCAUCUUCUAUUUUCAAUUUGUUUUCCAUUUUAUACAAUUUAUCAAAGUUCUAUUUUACUUAUUAAUCGAAUUCAUCGUAUUGCUUAUCCAAUUUAUCGAGCAAUCACAUUAUUUACACGUCUAUUGAAUUUUUUUGUUACAUUACCUUUACGUAUAAUAACAUUUCUUACAACGCAAAUUCAUGUUUUAUUAAGAAAUUUACUUAUAUUAUUAAUAUUUGCAGCUAUUAUUAUUGGAUUAAUAGUUCUAUUUUCGGAUGACAAUCAAUUAAAUUAUAUUAAAUCAUAUACACGAAAUACUACAGAUUGGAUAUUAAAACAGAGUUCAAUGAUUUGA